AUGGAAACCCCACAUGAUCGGGAUUUAUGGAGUGAUGGCUUUGAGGAUGUCCUAGUUGACCUCUUGUACGAAGACACCCUCAUGGAUAGAUUGAGAGGAGGGAGGAUUACAACUGCUGAUAAUGUCAGGCUUGCUGAACGACUGUCGGCUAUUGGCCCAAACAAAUUCAAUUGUGAUCAAGUGAAAGGGAAAAUUGCUCUGCUAAAGAGAAGACAACGCGAAUUUACAGAUCUUAUGAAACAAACCGGUUUGGGGUGGGACCAAGAGAGGAAGGCACCAGUUGCUAGUGAGGAAUACUGGGCAAAUGCUAUAAGCGUUCGUUCAUCAUGGAAACAUUACAAGACCCAUGGAUGUCCAAAGUAUGAACAACUUUGUGCAAUUUUUGGUUGUUCAGUAGCCACUGGGACAAUGGGCCGGGCGUCAACUGAUCCCGCCCCAGAUAGUGACGAUGAGCGGUUGCUUGAGGAGGAUAUGCUAACUUGUGGCCAACCAGUGACUGAUCAGGAACACCCCCCCUCCCCAUCGGGGGUUCCCUUGCAUUCAUCCACACCAUUCUCUGCCUCCUAUGCUAGCGGAUCUCGCAGACGACAGAGGACGUUGCUGACAUUCCAAAAUGCAGCCCUUCAACAGCAAAUGAUAAUUGUCUGUGUUCCUGCUUGUGUUGAGUCACUGCUGCUGCGUUCAACACAGGCAGCUGCAUUAAUGGACCAUGAUAGUAGCUUUGCAGAAACCCCAUCGAUUGGGACCAACAGCGAGAUGGACGAUUCUUGCUCAAGUAUGACUCAUAACAGUGAGGCGGACCAGUUUAUGCUGACAUAUCCUUCUAGUGGAGAUGAAGCGGCAAUGCAGGAGAAAUGUCUUGGUGCAUUGGACGACACAAUGAUUUCAGCUGCUGCACCAGCUCGUCUUUCAAACGCAUAUAGAAAUCGUUAUAAUCGGAUUGCACAAAAAGUUUUAUGCUUAUGUGAAUUCGUUAUGAAGUUCACGUUUGUGUAUACUGGAUGGGAGGGCACAGCCCAUGAUGCACGAGUUUUUCCGGAUGCCCUGAGUCGAGCGCGGAAUGGAUUUCCAUGCCCAGAUCCAAGAUAUUAUUAUCUUGUUGAUUCAGCAUUUCCUUGCAUUGAGAAGUUUAUGACGCCAUAUCCACGAGAGAGGCAAAGGAUGAUCGUUACCGCAUGUUGUACACUGCACAACCUGAUUAAAACGGUAACACCGAAUGAUGAGUUCAUUCAGCAUGCAUUGGGGCUUCAGUUGAAUGGGGAAAGUAUGCCUGGGGGAGAGGAUGUGAGCUCGACAGAAGAAGUGGCAGACAUGUCCCAUGAGUCAGCCAGAGCUAUGGCUGCACAGAGAGAUGGGAUCAUGAUUCCUUUGUGGGAGAACUGGAAUGGGGGAUGA